UCCCGCCCUAUCUAGUCUCGCGAGGAUGCUGCCAUUUCCAGAAAGCGAGUAUAUCGCUGGGCGGCUAUGGCAAAAUCGUUUGGUGGAUGAUCUAAUAUGGCUCAACCCCCUAGGGCGUACCUACUGGGAGCUGGACAACAACAGCGGCGCUUCCGCAAGGCCAGACACACCAAAACUUCCAAAUAAUUAUCGUAUUCAGGAUGAAUACGCCCCGAGCUGGUCGUGGGCCUCAAUGUCGGCUCCAGUAGCGUUCAGGAUUGAGGAUCUUAGCGAUGUCAUUCCCGAAUGGAGAGUCGCAGGGUAAGUUAGGCGUAUUCCUAUUACGACCAAUCUCUACGGGCCGGUAUCGAAAAGCUCGUCGCUCUACGUCGAGGGAUACGUAUUACCGGUUACGUUUUCCAGCGUAACGUCCACGAAGUCUACACUUGGCCAAAAUGGAAAUUACCAUGCGCCCAUGGAAGUUUGGGUCGUACGAGGAGACAAGGCAUUUCCUGGGAGGAACAAGACAUGGUUUGAUGCCGGGGCGGGUGGCCAAGAGUGGCGAGUUGAAGGCUGCGCAUAUUAUGAAUUGCAAUUGGGCGUCGAAAAGCCGACGAGAUUCCUUUGGCGCUUAUUCUGAGAGAGAGAGGGUCGGUGGAUGGAGAAGUAUAUACGAGGAUUGGCAUUGUCAGUUUGGAAAAUUGGAAAGGCCAUGGUGGAAUAUCGGAGCACAGCAACGUGCGAUAACAAUAUUCUAGCAUUAGUUGGCACUUAUUUUCUUCUUUUCUCGCGCGGUAGAUAGCUGCCUAGAUCUACGCAUUUAAAUCUAAGUAGAUGCGAGGCCUCACGAAAUAUUUCCUUGGAAUGAUAUUUAUGAGGAUGGUAUGCCCGAGUUGGG